AUGACCGUGCCGAUGCGGUCAGGUCGUCGACUAUGGCUGCCAUGGCUCAUCCUCGCGAUAUCCAUGAUACUGGUCACAUACUCGGUCGACUCGUUCAUGCGACUUCCGCAGCAACUCGGCAUAUCGCAACAAUGUCGCAUGUCUAGGAUGUGGCCAGCCUACAUCGACCACACCGCGAAUCUCGAACCCUUCUCGCCCUCUGGCUUGUGGCGCAAAUACCGCCUCUACCUCUAUCGCGAACGUCACUUUGAGCCUAUGGACCUUCCUACUGGCAGCCCGGCGCUCUUCGUGCCCGGAAACUCGGGAUCGUACGGUCAGGUACGAAGCGUAGCAUCGAGCGCCUCCCGCCAGUUCUACAAGGAGAAUGGCUCGGGAGCGCGCAGGGACGAAUGGAAGGACGCCCCUCCCGGUGUCGCACACACGGACUGGUACACCAUCGACUUCAACGAAGACUUUUCUGCCUUUAGCGGCUCGACCUUGAUUGAGCAGGCCACUUUCAUCAACGAGAUCGUUGCCUAUCUUUCUGAUCGAUACGCCGCCGCUGCUACACGCAGCUAUGCUGCAGGAGAGCGCAACACGACCGUGCCCAUCUUGGCCCACAGCAUGGGUGGCAUUGCCGCUCGUCUCACGGCACACUUGCCCAAUCAUCCAGUCGGCAAGAUCGACACCAUCGUCACACUGAGCACACCCCAUGCCUAUCCACCAGUUCCAUUCGAUCGCAGCGUCGAGUAUGUUUAUUCGCUCAUCAACUCGCCGAUCGUACCUUCAAAGGAGGCUCAGCACGGGCCGCCAUUGUUGGUUUCCAUUGCAGGUGGAUUGCUCGACACACAGCUCCCCUCCGAUCCUUCGUCCCUCUCGCUGGCUCGCAUCGGCGAGUCCGUACCUGCGUCUCGUAUUUCCACGUACACGGGUUCCUUGCCAUCGCUAUGGUCCUCGGUUGACCACGUCGCCGUCAUGUGGUGCGAUCAGCUCCGCGAAAAGAUUGCGCGCGGGUUUCUCCUCGACAUGAUGGCCUUUGGGCGCGUAUCAGACGAGCGCAAUGCGGGCGGGAUAAGCGGUCGUUCGAGUGUGCUGCGUCGGCGACGUGAACUAUGGAGGCGUGCGCUGAGUAUCUUUGGCGUGACAGAUGCGGGCAAUGGUGACAUCGGACCUCUCGAGCUCUUACCUUCGCAAGAAUCCAUCUUUGACGAGGAUCGCGAGACAUUCGUCGUCGAGAACGAAACACCGAGCUUCCAACGACCGACAGUUGGUUCGGACUCAGCCCUUUCUACCGACCAGCAAAACCUCAUCUUCCACAUACCGGCCGACUUGAGCCAGGAUGGCAGCGAUCUGCACGCUUUCGAGCUCAUCACCAACCUAUGCGUCGGAUGGAACCCUUCUUCGGGGAUGGGAGCCCCCAUUCCGCAGCCGAUCGAACUGGUCGUCCAAACCUGUACCAGCGUUCCGGACUCACACAAUCCCAUCGGCGGUCAGACCGUCACAUGCCAGCUCAUCAUGCCAUGGCAGUGGGAGCUCAUCCCGCCAAGCUUUUUGCCCCGUACGGACAUUCUCAUGCAAGAGUCUUCGGGACACACAGACCCAAAUUUCCCCGAGAACAAGCCCUUCCCCAGCGCCGAUGAGAUCUACCACGUUCCCGGAUAUGGCUUCCAGCGUUUGCGUCUCGACGCCGACUACCUCAAGCGACAGCGAGUCGACUGGAUCCGCGUCGAGCGCAAGACUGCCUCGGGCAUCUUUGUCCAUCAGCGCGGUCUCAAGAGCUUUGCGCGCGGCGGAUGGAUGCGCCAGGCUGCCGGUCGAGUGGAGCGGCACGGCAGCGCGUUGCUUCUCACCAAUCUUCCGGACUCGGAUAUACACCAGCACCAUCAGGAUGCAGGCUUCGCCACCACAGGCGCAAUCCCCAUCGCCUCCGAAUGGAGUCUUAAAGGAAUCGGCUCAUCAUUGCUCGCCCGACGUAUUGAAGUCGUACCGAGUCAAUGUCUUGUCGGAAAUCUAGCCCUGUACACUCUGCUCAGCAACGACGAGAGCCUUCACUCCACGGAUCCUUCUUUCUCGCCUUUCAUGCACAUCUCGGAUCGUGCCACAGGUGAUUCCCGCUGGUAUCCACAGCUUGCCUCACCCGAGCUCAUCCGAAAGAUCCGCAACCGGACUUAUAAGAACGAGCCAGUCACCUUCCCUCUUUCGCUUCAUGGAAAUGCGCCGUUCAUACCUCCAGCGAGGGACAGCCUGGACGAAGUCAGGGUACAGAUCUGGACCGAUCAAGCGCUCCUGCGUCCGGUGCCAGGCAAGACUCUUGCGUGCAGCUCGCCCAUCGACUCGAUUCGCUUGUCUGUCGACUGGAAGGCUUCUGCCGGGCUUGUCCUACUUCGCUACCGAUUUUUCUUGGCGGCAUGGCCUCUGGGUUUAUUGGCCUUUUGUCUCGGUCUGUCAUGGCUCAAAUGGGCUGCAGACCCCGAGCUCAUAUUCCCGUCUCCUUUGUCCUCGAUCACACAGCCAGCGUUCCGCACCCCCAUCGUCGGGAACAUAUGCGAUCCUCUCCUCGGCCUCUUGUCUUGCACCACUGUGGCGCUUGUGCUGAUCGACAGCGUGCGGCUCAUGCUGUACAGAGCAAUGCCGAGCGCACAAGCUCAAGGGCCGUCGUCGUCUUUGCUUGGCAUGGUCUUGGGACUGAACGAACACUCGUCCUCGGCAGGAUUGGUGCCCUGCUUCUUGCUGGUUUCAUACGCAGCUCUGCUCAUCAUUGCCGCAACGAUUCAGUGGUCCUUUUCACUUGCAGCAGCCAUCAUCACAAGGUUUGGGCUGGCUCGCAAGUUUGACUGGAUCGGAGCAGCAACCUCAAGCUCGGACCCGCUACGAUGGAAUCGUCAAUCCAUUGCGGGGCUGGCGACGCUGCUGCUGUCCGUGGUGCUGUUCGUACCUCAUCAAUUCGUCUUCCUCAUCAUGUUCCUCUUGCAGCUUCUCAACACGCUUCGCGCACUGCUUGAGCUACAAUCACAACGAGGGGUCGCACAAUCGCACGAGUCACGCUAUCGUCAACACCUCAGCGUGUUCGUCAUCCUUCUCUUUUUGCUCCCUCAGAAGGCAAGCUUCCUGGUCACAUGGGUGCGAAAUCUAGCUUCGGUGGGCAUCAAGACGCCCAAAACAAUGGCCGCAUGGAUGGACCACAAUCUCGUAGAUGUCGCUCCCAUCGUCGUUCUUAUUUGGCUCAUGGCAGGCGGGCGCAUGCUCGAGCCACCUCGGACUGCUCUGGAAGGCAAGGCGAUCGCGUUCGGCUUUGGCGUUGUAGGUUGGUAUGCGCUGGUAUGGGGCAUCCGGUACACCUAUCGCACCUACGAUGCGUUCAAUGCACUUUGCGUGCUGCUUGCAGUCUGCCACUGGCGAUCAAGGCGAGCUGGCAGUCGCAGUCCCUACAAUCGCGAUCAACCUGCGCGCCAUGGCAACAAGCAAUCUGACGAGACUGUGGGAAUGCUGGACGACAGCGACCACAUGGAUGCCGUAUCGAAGCACUCCAUGACUUCACGAGCGGAAGAAUACGAGCUGCAUUCUGCAUCGCGCUCAGAGCAGCUGCCGAUUCACCAUCUUGCCUUGCCAGCCUCAAUAGCCUCACAGCAGGAUGGCCCGCCAACUGCAACAUCCAACGCUUCCAAUGGCGCUGCCUUUGAAACGACGCCUGAGCCUCGAUCUGCAAGCGACAAACUGGAUCAGCUGAUAGCACAGUAUCUGGAAGUACUCGACCGUUAUCAAAAAGCUCGGGCUUCCUCUACCAAUCUUUUCAGCAGUGGCUACCUCAAGCUCAGUCGUGCCAAGAUGGAGUACGGUCCAUCCCGACUCAGCAGCAACUCGUACGACUCGCGUCUGCUUGCCGAACUGAAUGCUACUGUGGCUGAAAAGCCAUCUACAACUGAUGCAGCAAGAACCAAGAACAUAUUUGUCGCAAGAUCGCAGCCGGACUACUCACACCUGGAGGAGGACAAAGGAGUUCUGGUCAAUGACACGGACGAGAGCAAAGCUGGGAAGGAGGAUAUCGCGGCCGCAGGGUUGAGGAGAAGAGUUCGCCCUGGAGUGGAGUCAAGCGAGCCAGAAGAGAAACCGUCCGGCUUGCCGAGCACCUCGCCAAGCAACCUCGCGAAAAGAGCGGCGGGGAACCACGCGGUUCCUGCGGUAGGUAAAAUCGGCAGAGAAACAAUGGCGGACAUAAAUUCCAAGAAGAACGACGACCAAGGUCUUGGCAUCGUCAGCAACGCAGAUCACGACAAGGCACAAAUUCAAGAUGAGACGGUCGGUAAGAGCAGGGCUCAAAGGGCGAAACCGGACGCUCUGUUGCAGUUCGGCGGUCUGCCCUCCACUUCACUCCGAGGUGCACAGGCUGAUCUUCGAAAGGCUCUCGACGAAGUUCUUGGGGUCAUGCCUGACUCUACCGGGAGUGACAGUGGUGAUGGCUUGGUGCAGCUGACACUGCAUUUGGAAACGUUGGCGACAGCGAUCUCCGAGAUGAAGCGGUCUCAAACGUGA